AUGGUUCAGAUACCAUCACUCGUCGCACUGUGCUCAUCCCUUGUGGGCUUGAGCAGUGCUGCUGCUCUUGGGUCCGCUGAAGAGUAUGCCGAUGGCUCUGUACACGCCAAGAUCAUGGGCAUGAAGAUGGCCGAGUGGGAUGCUGAACUUGCUUCAGGUGCGAUGGACAGCUCGCGGUACCCUGAGCUUGGAUAUAGUGCUUGCGAGAACGGUUUUGCUGCUGCCAUUCCUGGAGAUGCAAACAACACUUUCAAGUGCAACAACAUCGAUCUGUAUCACUUCCUACCCCACGCCCAGCUCGGCAGUGUCGGUCAGGGUUCGUCUUCUUGGGGUUGGACCUCUGAGGACGGUCGUGAAUUUGUGGCAAUUGGCCAAUUUGACGGCACUGCAUUCGCUGAGAUCUCCAGCGAAGGCAAGCUGCUUUACCUCGGUCGUCUUCCUCAAUAUGACCCCGUCGGCUCUCGAUGGCGAGAAAUUCGCAUCCUGCGCGACUACGCUGUCAUCGGCUCUGAAGCAAUCAACAGUGGCGUCCAGAUCUUCGACAUGAAGAAGGUUCUUACCCUCGACCCCGCCAACCCGCACAACUUCACCCAGGAGGACCUUACUGGCUAUUGGAACGAGCUUCCCGUCGGCCGUACGCACAACAUCGUUGUCAACCAGGAACUCAACUACGCUAUGGCCGUCGGAUCUGUUGGAGGUAACGAGACGAUUCGUGUCCGCGGUGACUUGCCCUGCCGUGGUGGUCUCAUCUUCCUUAACAUGACGGACCCCGCAAAUCCGUUCUCGCCUGGCUGUGCUGCCGGGGAUGGCUACGUGCACGAUGCUGAGUGUCUGGUGUACCGCGGCCCGGACAAGCGCUACUAUGGCAGAGACAUCUGCUAUGGUUACAACGAAGAUACGCUUUCGAUUUACGAUGUAACCGACAAGAACGGCAACGUCACCAACCUCAUCAGCGUCACGUCGUACCCCGGCGCGGAGUACGUUCACCAGGGCGUGGUAAAUGACGAACAAAACCAGGAGUAUCUUUUCCUCGACGACGAGUUCGAUGAGCGCGAUGCAAAGGUCGGGCCUAUGACGCAGGGCCUUCCCACGACGCACAUUUUCGAUAUCCGCGACUUGGAGAACCCCCAUUACACGGGCAACUUCGAGGGCAAGCGCCGAGCUAUCGACCACAACCAGUACGUAGUCGACGGAUUCCUGUACCAGAGCAACUACGGCGCAGGUCUUACUGUUUAUGACAUUGGCUCCAUCACCAAGGACCCAUCCGGCGACUCCAUCUGCGAAGCCGGCUUCUUCGACAUCCACCCCGAGGACGACGAGCUUGAAGGCGGGGGCACUGUUGCCUUCCUCGGUUCGUGGUCGAGCUACGCCAACUUCAAAUCCGGCUACAUCUUCGUCCACACCAUCGAGCGCGGCUCCUUCGUCGUGAAGAUGACAUCCAAGUCGUGUUCCCAGCCCGCCGUCUGCGAGUCGGACGCCUGUCUCUCUUCGUUGCGCGCCAGCAGCAUCGAGGGCCGGCUGGAGCAGAGCAUCGACUUCUGCGACGGCUACUCGAGGCGGCAGCACGACGACGUUGCCGCGAUCCCGGACUAUGCGCGCCUCGGCUGUGCUGCUAACGCCACUGAGGAGGUGGUUGCGAGGGUCAGCAGCGCGUGUGCAUGUGUUCCCACCGUAGCGGUCCCGGAGCUACCGCGCACGACCAGCCGGCCGCCUGUGCCAACUGUGCUGCCGCCGAAGAGGAAUUGA